GGGGCUCAUUUGAAAAGCAGCGUACAGCAUAGCUUUCCAAUGAUACAUGGGAAAAGGACAACAUCUGACAGCAUCAGGACGAAGGUUCUCAUCCAUCAUAACAAAGAUGGCACCUCGCCAUCUCAUCUCCAUCCUCCUUGUAUCCAUGGUGACGGUGAUGCCAAUCUCAUCCCAGCAAUGCCCGGUCAUUCAGGGAUAUACACCCAUCGUCACCAAACCUGGUGCAGAUCUGACCCUUGGCCUCAUGCUGAGUUUACAUAAGGCCAGCCAGGAUACGACUGGCGGUGCUCUGUGUAACUUCAAUGCUGAGACUGGUUAUGGUUCACUGUCCAUGAAAGCUGCUGUUGCUGCUACUGACAACUGGCCCGACUCCAUCCAACUACCUGGGUUGAGUGUUGGCUUGGAAAUCUAUGACAUGUGUGAUACAUUCCAACUGGCUGAAUUCAGUGCAGUUCGCUUUGCCAAUGAGAGGUAUAACGAUAUCUUCGCAAAUGGAAUGUUGUGUGCAAACAAAACACUUCAUAUGGGAGUUGUUGGAUACGGAUUCAGUUCCUGGAGCGAGACAUUGUCAACUCUCCUGCAACCUCUCGACAUUCCGCUGAUUGCUUAUACUGCGACAUCCGACUCCCUGAGUGAUGCACAGGAAUAUCCAAACUUCUUCCGGACUGUUGCUCCUGACAGUGGUGCCGUCAAGGCCCUGGUGGCCAUUAUGAAGAGUUACAACUGGACCUACUCAGCAAUAGUCCACAGUGAUGACAGCUAUGGAAUGAGUGGACUAAAAGCUGCGACAGAGAGCAUCAGAGAGGCUGGGUUUUGCCUCACUGAGCCUAUCUCAGUUGGUAUUGGAGAGACAAGGGAUAGCGUCUACGAUGCUAUAGUGGAUCAACUGAUCCAACGAAAUAUCACUGUUGUGAUACUAUGGGUUGUACCAGCCAACCUCCAAAGGCUGUUCUUGGCCGUAGAACGCAUCCAAGGUGCUGCCUAUGACAUUUCGUGGCUCUCUGGUGAUGUACCACUAUACAAUGACUUCACAAGCAACCCUGGCAUUGCCAAGGCUGCGCGCGGUCUCUUCGCUUUGUCGCCAUUUGUUGAUGUGAAUGACACAUACAAGAGCUGGUUUGCACAGUGGUACCCAAACACCGACUUCAACCACCCUCCUGUUGUGAACAUGAUUUAUGCCAUUCACGCCUACAUGUCUGCAUUCUCUUUGGCGCAUCAGGAGAAGUGUGGGAGCCAGCAAGGGAUGUGUGAAGCAUUGGCCAAUAUCCAAGGAUCUGAAUUCAUUGACUUCAUUAGACAGGUGAACUUCACAGGGAUUGGGGGUCGCGCCAUAUCAUUUAAUGAAAAUGAUGACCCGGCAAAUCAGUUUUAUGAUGUUAUGCAGUUCAAGAGCACUGGUACACCAAAUGCCUACUCCCUGCAAAAGGUUGGUGAGUGGACAACAGAUCAGGGUUUGACACUCAACAAGGACCAGGUGGAAUUCUAUGGCCAAGGAGACACCCCUGUCGGUCCUCCCACUUCGGUCUGCAUGGAGGGCUCAUGUUUUGACCCCAGUUGCCAGGAACUCACUGACUUUGUCAUAGAGACUCUGUUUUCACACCACGUGGCUGGGUGCCAAUCCCAGUUGAAGCUGACUCGGUUCAAGCAACUGGAGGCAGUGUUCUAUGCAGUCCACCUAAUCAACAAGGACCCGAAUCUACUUCCAGAUGUCCGUCUGUCCCUGAUGGUAAACGACAUCUGCUAUAGCGACACCUUUGCAGCUAAUAAUGUUGGUCUUACGCUGGUUAAGAAUUGGGACUUUGAUGUGGGUUUCCCAACCCAAAACAACAAGUAUCACCUUCUAGGUACACUCCACUCCUCCUCAAGUUCCAGAGCCAAGGGAAUCAGCAAAGACCUACAGGUUGCAAGCAUACCGGUGAUUGACAACACAGCUUCCAGUCCUGCUCUGAGUGACAAAGAGGAAUUUGGCAACUUUCUGCGGACAGUGUCCUCCGAUGUCAAACAAGCUGAAGCUAUUGUGGAUCUUUUGGGGAACCUUGACUUCAAGUAUGUUCAGACCAUCAACUCAAAGGGUGCUUAUGGUGAUGACGCCAUCAAGGCUGUUAAAGAAUCAGCAAAAAAUGCAGGCGUUUGCAUUGCCAAUUCGUUCAGAGUGGAUAUAAACUCUGAUUUUGCCGAACUUGUCCGUGAGCUCAUGGCAAAGCCCGAGGCCAAGACAGUUGUCGUCUUCUUGUUCACAUCUCAUGCCCGACGGCUGUUUCAGGAGUUAGUCUUCAUGAAUGUCAGCGCAGGACAGUUCCAAUUCAUCGGUUCAGAUAACUGGGGAACCAGGAUGGACUACAUCCCUGGUUUGGAAAAUCCAGCCAAAGGAGCCUUGACGGUGACCUUCAAAUCUGAAAGGGUUCCAGAAUUUGAAGAAUACUUCCUCGACCAGACUCCGAAUGACACGGCUUACAAUCCCUUCUUCAAGGAAUACUGGAUGCAGAAAUUUGAAUGUGAUCUUCCAGGAGAACAACCAAAAUACAACCAAAACUGUACAGGUUCUGAGAUGUUGUCAAGCAGUGAUGUUAACAGCCUGGAAAUGGAAUACUUCAUCAACUCCGUUUACGUGUAUGCAAUUGCCCUGUCUAAUCUAAUUAACGACACCUGCCCAAAUGGAAAGGUCUGCGAUGCCGUCUUUGAUAUCGCGAGAGAGGAAUGGUUGGAACGUCUUAAAGCAGUCGAUUUUGUCAGUCAAGUUGGUUUAAUGAGGAGAGUGAGCUUUGAUGAGAAUGGAGACGGUCCUGCUCGGUAUUCCGUGUACCAGUUUAUUGAGAUGAACAGUGUAUAUCGUUAUGAUCAGAUUGGUUCUUGGGAUGAUGUGGAUGGUCUAUCCAACCUCGUUGACAACAUCAUUGAUCCAAUGUUCUUAUCAGUGUGUACCGGGUUAUGCUUGGAAUGCAACCCACCAACUCCACCUGACGCAAAUACCACCUCUCACCAAGACUACUUCCGUAUCCCUGGAGACCUGGACUUUCCGGUCGUCAUGCAACUCAGCAAGUCUGGAGAUGGGGUAAAAUGUGGAGACCCCAAGCCGGAAGAAUCGCUGGCUCUUGAAUCACUCCUGUAUGCUCUUGACAAGGUGAACGCAGACCCUUCAGUUCUACCCGGAGUCAAGCUAGGUGUGACUGUGGUGGAUUCUUGUGGGAAUCCUGCCAUUGCAACACGGAAGCUUGUGGGGCUAUUGGGUGGUUUCGUCAGUCUUGAAAGUUCAGGGAAACCAUUUGCUGUUUUGGGUCCAGCGAAUCCUGACGUUGCCGAGGAGAUUUCAAACAUUGUGACUGCUCCAAGUAAACUGCCAAUGAUAAGCUACAGUGCCCUGAGUCCUAACGUCAAUGACGAUCCCCUUGUGUUGGCCACAUCUGCUCCAUACACCAAAGAGGUUGCCGCCAUCAUUGGGAUCUUGGAGGAAUUUGACUGGAAGUAUGUAGGAGUUGUACACUCUAUGACUCCAUACGGCAUAGCCAACAGUCAGGAAUUCCAAACGGCUGCCCAGGUGGCUGGUAUUUGCCUAGGAGCUCAGCACUACCUUAACGAUACCACGGACUUCCAAGAGAUCAUGAAUGAUUUCAGUAGCGACGACUCUCUGAAUGUCAUCGUUGCCUUUGUCAAUGAAGAAGAUGCUAGAAGCCUCUUGUAUGCUGAUCACUUUAAGCUCAGCAAGAGGUUUGUGUGGGUGGGAACUGACUCGUGGGACUCUCCAAAUCUUGUUUCUGGUCUAGAAAGCUCAGCCAAAGGAAUGUUGCUGGUGACCAAAGAAAGACCAGACCUUCCAGAAAUACAGGACUACUUCGCAGACUCGGACCUCCUAGACGCUGCAAGUGCAAGGAACCCUUAUCUCAGAGAUUAUCUCCAAGAUAUCUGUCCUAGUUCAUCCAACUGCCAGUUUGGAAAUCAAAUCCAAGAAUCUCUCCAGAAGCUGUCUGGAGAAAUCUCUCCUCUGGUCAAUGCAUUGUAUGUAGCUGCUCACGGUGCCAACUUGCUCCAUGACUCAAAGUGUGGCUUCUCCAAUGAUGAACUGUGUGAAAGUUUUCUUGAUUCAUCUCCAGAAGAAAGGGCAGAUGCUAUACGUCGUGUGACAGUGGAGUCUGGGGCCGGUGGAAACCCCUUCUCGUUUGACGAACGCAGUGGUCCUGCCACUUACAGCAUCAAAAACUACCAGUAUGAUGGACAGCAUGGGCAGUUCCUAAUUGUCGGCAAAUGGCAAAACAACGAUCUUGCCCUCCAGAUAGUAGCCGAGCUUGCUGCUCAAAGAGGUCCAUCUGGCUGUUCUUGUGGUCCGAUUGUCGUGGCUGAAGGAGGUGACCCAGUACAGGUGUACAUGUAUGUCUGGAAGUGGAUAGAUUAUGGCAUAUGGUCAACUGUCAUCCUAGCCGUUUCAGGUCUAUGUGGAGUGUUGGCACUUUUGAUAGGCAUCUUGUUUCUCAGCAAACGUCACAGCUAUGUGGUUCAGAGUGCAUCUUUCAGUCUCAGCAUGUGGCUUCUCUUUGGGAUUAUCCUGAUGUACCUCCUGAAUGUGGCAUUCAUGUUCGAGGCCAAUCCAGCCAUUUGUGGCAUCCGUCGUUUUGGUGUGAGUUUUGUAUACUGCGUGGUGUAUGCUGCGUUGCUUGUCAAGAGCAUUCGGGCUAAUCGAUUCGCACGUAAACAGCCAGGUGUUGAUUUGAACUUUGCCGGUUCCUGGUCCCAGUCUCUCUUGUUUCUGGCCUUCCUCCUUCCUGAGGCUUUCUUGGUGGUGGAGUGGCUGGUCCUGAUUCCUCCUGAUGCCAUCGGCGGACCCCUGGAUGCCUGUGGGACCGUUUCACUGCCAACAUGCGGCAUCACUAACAUCGAUCUGACCAUCUUCAUGAUGUAUGCCUACUUGCUGGUCCUUGUUACAUUCCUCUCCUCCUUUGGUGCUCUGGAUUCCUCUCAUGCCCACCAUGAGGGCAAGUCCAUCUUAGUCAGUAGUCUCUUCAGCAUCUUGAUUCUGAUUACCUGGGCCUGUGUUCUCAACUUACUUGACCCUGAGUUUGGCAUCCCGGCAAUCCCCAUCGGUCUGACAGCAGAUGCUACCAUCAUUCUGGUGUUCAUGUUCAUGGGAAAAGUGGACGCCCUGACUAAGAAAAAGGAGGACAUGGACACCGGUCUGAAGAGAGUCAAAGAUGUGGAAAUGGAAGACAAUUUGUAUGGAAAGGAUGAUGUCAAGAAAGUUCUAGCUAUGGAGGUGGAAGACACUGUAUAUGAAAAUGACAGUGGUAAGAAAUAUCAAGAUGUGGAAGUGGAAUAUCCUGUGUUUGCAAAUGCUGGAGCAACGCUUGUUGAUGAGGCUGUUGAUGAGGAGGCUGAUGGUGAUGUUUUUGUUGAGGAAGAGCACACCCAAUUCUGAUUCCAAGAGUUAGAGAGAAAAGUAGACUGUCAGGACUUCACCCCGUAGUAUGAAAGGUCUUUUACAAUCAUCUUAAAGUUCUUACCAAGCUGUAACCCCAUCUUUGUAAUUCCUUAGAGUAGAAGCAGAAGCAAGUUAAAGAGAGGUUGAGGGAAUUUAGACUUUACUGCAUGCUCUCUUUGUUAGCUCUGAUCACAGUUUUGGUAUAACACGUAACAAGUGCCUGUAAAUGGCAUACUGGUAAAGUUUAGUAAAUUUCGUAUAUUCCUUUGCUGAUAAAGCUUAUCUGUACUAUAAUGGCUUCGCCUGUUAUACAAACAUUUUAAAUGGUUUAAAAAGCUAGGUUUGCAUUUUAGAUUACAAUCAGCAAAAUGUUGAGUGUUUGUGUAUAUUAAGUCUACGGUAUGAGGGUAUAUUGUAAACGUAUGGUUUUAUUUUAUUGUCUUUGCUCAAUGGUAUUCAUACGUGAUAUUGUAAACGGGUGCUUCAUUUGGUUGUCUUUAUUGUAAUGUAUCCAUACGUGGUAGGUAUAUUGUAAACGGAUGGUUAUAUUUGAUUGUCUUUAUUCAAUGGUAUUCAUACGUGAUAUAUUGUAAACGGAUGGCUUCAUUGUCUUCAUUGUAAUGUAUCCAUUCGUGGUAUAUUGUAAACGGAUGGUUUUAUUUUGUUUCUCUUAUAUUGCAACAUAUUCAUAUGUUUUA